AUGGCAGUUCCUACCCGUCACAAGCUGUCGCGGACGUCGUACAUUUUAUUGUAAGUUUUGUAUUUGUCACCUAAUUAUUUAAACUUGGUAAAAUAUAACAAUUUUUAUACUUCUUUAUGAAGUAACAUAAUUUUCUUGGUGAGUUUUGAAAUAUAAUUGUAAUUUUUCUUUAGAUCUGUACCGGAAUUGGCGUUACAGUCGUUCAAGUUGUACACUGCCUUCCCUAGAAAGCUAAUUAAGGAUGAAUCAGUAACAAUAGCUGAAGCCGGAUUGUUAACGUGGUUGUUAAACUUGAGUCCCAACAUGUCUCUCACCGUCAAGCCUCCAGUAGACAGGAAUUGGAUCAUUGACCACAAGGAGAACACUUCUAUCUACAUGUAA